AUGGGGUACCCAACCGCGCAGGACAUCCAUCGGCUCUUCCUCCACCUCCGCAACUAUCCAACGGGCCACGAUCAAUUCUUUCUCGCGGCGCCGGAGGACUCGACAUGGCAGAUCACUGGGCAGCAUCCCUUCUCCGGGUCGUGGACCAAGGCCUCCUUCCUCGCCGAGAUCUGGAGCUCCAACUCGGCGCUGAUCGCGGCGCCGGGCCCUUGUUUCAUCAUGCCCCGGGGCGUGGACAGUAUUGUCUGUGACGGACGGGGCCGCGCGGCGGUCGAGCUCCGGUCAGUCCACACCGCCACCAAGGACCUGGGCUUGAGUUACGACCAGGAGUACUCGUGGCAUUGCGAGUUUGAUGCGAGCGGGACACUGCGGGCGGUUCGGAUCUAUCUGGAUUCGAUUCAUGCGGAGAAGGUGCUUGUGGCGGAGAGAGAAGCGCAGAAGGCGAGGGGGGACUCUGUGGUAUCAUCGGGGGUGAAGAUUUGA